AUUUCCCAGCAUGCUUUGAGAUGUAAACGAAUUUUCAAAGAUGGCGUCUGUUUUGAAAAGAAUUUUGCAUGCGGGUUGUGGAAUUUCGCAGUUUUCCGAGAUAUCGAGGCGGUAGAUCGCACUCAAACAUUACGCCGAGACAGCGGAGGAAGAGCACACACACUCUGUGGUUAAUGUAGUGAGGUGAGCUGUGAGUAUGACUGCCAUGAUGCCAGGACAGUACAGCUAUGGUCCAGCCCAGGGGCAGUCUUACGGCUACAGCACCAGUAUGGGGGCUAACGGAACAGGUUUCCAAUUCAGGAAAAGGUUUGAGAGAGUCGACUGGAGAAAGAUAGCAUCUGUUGAUGUUGACCGGAUCUCUCGGGAGCUGGACUUCCACAGUCUGCAGGACAACAUCAUGAACAUCACCUUCUGUGACAUACAGCAGGAAGUGGAUUUGAGGAUGGUGGAUCCCACUUUUGUCAAGCUGUUUCGCCUUGCACAGCUCACUAUAGAGUAUUUGUUGCAUUCCCAAGACUACCUGACAAACAUUGUGGGGUCACAUGAUGAAAAACUCAGGAAGGCUAACGAGGAACAUGAGAAAACGAAACAGGAGAUGGGGAAGCUGAAGGAGGAGCUUCAGAAGGUGAAACAGGAGAGCAGGAAGAGGAAAAAGAUGUUAGCAGCUCAACAACUCAUUAUGCAGGCUGGAGCAAACAACUACCACAAGUGCCCCCACUGCAACAAGGCCUUCCUGAACUCCUCCUUCCUACAGCAGCACGUGUACAGGAGGCACCCAGAGUCUCUACCCCCCUCUGAUGCCACUUUGGUACAGUCCAGAGCUGCUACACAGAAGCUGGAGGGAGAACUCGGAGAAAUCAAGGAGAGAUUAAGACUUACUGAAUCACAACUACAGGAUGAGAGGAACCAAAGAAAUCUGGGAAUCGCUCAGGACAUGGAGAAACAACAGAGACUACAGGACCUGAGCAGGAAGGAGAUGGAGGCUUGGAAGGAGGUGCAGGAGAAGAAACAUCAGGAACAAAUGGAAAAGAUGAGCAGCAUGUUUAUGAAGGAACUGAAAGAGGUGAAUGAAAAAUACCAGGCCUCCCAGAACACGUUACUGGAACUGCAGAAGUCCGGUCCGCGGUCAAACCUGGGGGCACUACGAGAUGACAUGGACGAGGAACGAGAAUUGCUGAGAAAACAACAGGAGGAGGUGCAGCAGUUAAAGGAAGAUCUGAAAGAUAAGAUGGCAGGAAUCGAGGCCAACAUGAAGGGUGAUCUGAAGUCACAGUUAGACUCCCAGGAGGACAAGUGGAAAAACAGGAUGAGAAAGAUGCAGGACAAACAUACACAGGAGCUGGAAAAGAUGAACAGUCUGCUAUCAGACACGACAGCGGCACUACAGAGUGAGCGAGAGGGAAUCGCCAACAAGUCUAAGAAGAAAGACCAGCAGGUAGAAGAGAUGAUCCGAAGGGCCAAGGAGCAGGAGAGACUCAUCAAGCAGCAGAGGAAACAGAUAGACGACCUGGCCAGCAGACCGUUGCCCCCCGGAGUGAAGGCCAAGCCCCCAGUGUCCCCCAGCCCCCCCAGACGUGGCCCCUCCCCCCAGAAGGUGCCCGUCAUACGAGAACCCUCGCCGGAAACCACAGAGGAGUCAGAGAGUGAAGAGGAAGAGGAGGAGUCUACCAUGGAGGACACCAUGUUAUCUACUAAUGACCUGACGGGGACCACUAGGAGCUUGAGGCUGGUGGAGGCUCUGAAGAGGAACCCAACCCUCAUCCAGGGGAUCAAAAAUGAGCUGGAGGAGGAGCUGCAGGUCAACCUGGAGAAGAGAGGAAUAAGACCGGGUACUACAGGGAUAACAGCUCAGUCGCUGGAAAACAAACUGAAAGUCCUGAAGACGGAGAGGAUCCAGAUUGCAGACCAGUACAAGGAAUUCUGGGAUGUUCGGCAGCAGCACUUGGACUUUGUGGACCGCAGGGCGAAAGAGCUUCAGAAGUCCCCCAAGGCUGGCAGCAGUCGGCCCUCUUCUGCCACAGGCUCCCAGCAGCGUGGUUGGUCGGACCAGACCCCCCCUCCUGUCAGGGCCGCCCAGAAGAGACCACGUCCUGACUCAGGGUCACAGAGGCAGGGUCAGGGGUCAAAGGUGAGGAAGGAUCCGCCCAAACCUGCCCCCAGGACGGGAACACCGGACAGACUGGACAGGGAACAUCUCUCAGGAACACUCACCAGCACUGGAUCUGAGGAGGAUUUCUCCCUGUCCUCGGAGAGUGAAGUGUCCCUCCCUGAGAUCCACGACGCGGGCCCCAGGACCCCCAGCCCCACCCCUACCCCCCAGCCCAGACAGCGCACCCCCUCCAGCCCACAGCCGGCCCCCAGGGGUGGGGCAGUGGCUAUUCCCCAGGCAGGGGACGACGAGACUGAGAGCAACUGGGACUCAGAAAGUGGCAGUGAGUUGGAAGAAAUCAGCCCCAGUAAGGUGCGAGCAGCCCCAGCCAAGCCUCGCUCCCCCGUCUCGGCAGUGAGACAGCCCCAGGGUACCAUAGUGAAGGAGCUGGCACAGUCCAUUGAGGCACAGCUGACGGGGAGGAGGAGGGACGAUAAGAAGCCGGCAGGAGCGGUGGACGCCAUGUCAGGGGAGAAGGCUCAGGGCCAGGGGAACAGGAGAACUAGCAGGGACAGCUUUGAGGAUGAAGAUGAUGACAGCCACGAUACCUUCUCACUGUCUUCUCUAUCAGAAAACCCAGACGGGCGCAACAGGUCCCGCCCUCCCACUGGUGGUACCAACCGACACGGGCAUGACUCUGACUCCACAAACACCCUGGGUACAAGUGUGUGGGGGUCAUCUGCUGGGGCCAGAGUAAUGAAGGACCAGACCACAGGCAGGCCGUCUUCUGUGAAGAGCUCCCUCGUGUCUGUCACAGACUGGGACGAUGAUGACCUCGACCUCAGUGACCUUUAACCUCCAGGCCUACCCAUGAUCCAUCUGUUUCUAUCAGUACUUCAUGCAUUUGAGAUUAGGUUGCUCAAAGACUGUAAUGAACACUGAGAUAAUAUCUUUACAAUCCUAUUUUACCCCAGUAUUUUUUUCUGUGCAGU